UUUAUUAAACAGCGCGUUAUCAUAAAUAAUGGAAAUUCUAUAAAAUUCGGAUAUUAUUGUCAUAAUGGAGGUGUGCGGGAAUAUAAUGGUCAAUAAUCAAUACACGGAGUUCCGUUUAAAAUGCCUAUACUGCAGCAUUGAGAGCCAACUGCAGGAUUGGGAACUGUUCAUUCACCACGUUCACACCUCGCACUACACGGAGGAAGUCGAUGAAGGUGUCGAGGGUGUCGUUUGGAGAGCUGGAGACGAUGCCGUCGUAGAUACAGAUAUCCAAGAAAAGUAUGAGUUACCCAUGGACAUAAUUGAAGAAGACGAGUUCUGGCAACAUGAUGAAGCAGAAAGGGAAACAUUUGUGAUGGAAGAGGCAGACCUCGAUACGUCCGAGAAUACAGAGCAAAAAACAAUUAUAGAGAUUCGUGGAGAGCCGUCUAUAGGUGAAAUGUUGGGCUUUAGUGAUGAGGAAGUGGUCCAUACUGCAGAGAGUGCGAACGAUGCGGUGGAGGAUAAUGCGUUCUUUGAUGAUGUGGCGGAGAAAACUGAUACAUAUCCCACAAAGCUUAAAGCAGGACGUCCCCGUAAGAGAUUUAAAAUUGGACAAGUAUUUAAGCUUAAAAUCAAUUUUAUACGCCGUAAUCCUCGAGUCUUGCAUUUAAUUGAGGCAUACAGAGAGCAUCCAUGUUUAUACAAUCCUUCUGAUGACAAUUACAAAAAUCCUGAAGCGCGUAGCCAGGCAUACGAGGUGAUGAUAAAACGCAUGGAUGACAAGGCCAAUGUUUUGUUUACCGAGUCCGAGUUAAAGAGAUGUCUCAAUCAAUUGCAUAGCCAAUAUAUACUAGCUGGCGAGUCGGCAGCCAAGGGAAAACUUGUAGGUCUGGCUGCUCGCCAUUAUAAAAGAUGUGAAUUUCUCAAAUCAUUGCCAUAUACCGCAGUAAGCGAUUUGGAGGACGAGGAAGAUGGCAACGGCGAUGGUGCAGAGAACAGCUCUCUGCUAGUGAUAAAGCUCAACUUCAGGGAGCCCAAUGUGCUGACAACUAAAUUUAUUCACUCCUAUUCUAAUCAUCCCGAGCUUUAUGAUCCUUCUAUAACCGAGUUUGGUUCGGUAGAAGCACGAUCCCAGGCGUACAUCAAAAUGGCAGAGGAUAUGGCUCCCCUGGUAAAGGCCAAUGAAACGGAUGUCUAUUUGGCCGUAAAUAAAUUACGCAAAUGGGCCUAUGAAGGCCUGCGUCGUCUCAAGUCGAAGGAACUGUUCAAGGCAUGGUCCAAGCAGGAAUUGAACCAUCUGAAAAUGUGCAAUUUCUUGCCGCCAAAGGCCGAGGGUCAGGUCUUGUACUGCGAUUACUGCUGCAAACGUUUCUAUGGCGAUUAUAUGUUGCGCGUCCACAUUUAUAAGCAGCACCAUAUAGGCGAUUUGCCCUUCAUUUGCUCGUAUUGUCCACGGCGCUUCGAUCGUCACAAUGACAUGGAUCGUCACAUCUUGCGGGCCCACUGCGAGAAUGCCCUAAAGUGUGAAUACUGUGACAAAACUUUUGCCAUCAACAAUGACCUAAUGGCCCAUCGGGCUUGUCAUACGGGUCACAAGCCGUAUGUCUGCGAAAUGUGCGGCAAGAGAUUCCGCCUAAAACUUCUUCUGGAUCAUCACAUUAAUGGUUUUCAUUUAAAUUUGCGUCCUUUUGUCUGCGAUUUGUGCUGCAAAAGUUUUCGCAAGAAAUUUGAACUUACCAAUCACAUCAAGGCACAUUUGGAUAUCAGGGAUAAAGUAUGUGAUCAAUGUAGUGCUACAUUUACCUGCCAUUCGGCUCUAUCUCGUCAUCGCAGGAUUGUUCACAAGGCUGCGCCGGCCCUUAAAUAUGUGUUGGAGGAGAACGAUUAGAGAUUAAACUAUAAGAAAAUUGGCUACAGAGACUUCCACAUUAAUCCUCAUGAACUUUAAACAUUAAGUUAUUAGCUUGUUAGUUGUCCCCUUUUGGCGUGACAUAAAUCCUUAGAUUUAGAAAUCAAUGAAUGACUAUUAUUUUAAUUUUUUUUUUUGUUUU